UCCAUUGUUACCUGUGGGAAACAGGGGGAGCAUGAGUCAAAAAACAAAUAAGCAAUAAAUACCAACAUAAAUAUUGCAUUUGGUUGUAGUAAAGUAGUACUGCUUACCAAGUGAUGAGUACUUUGUGGCCGAAAAUUCGUGAUGAAACGAAUAGAUUCUUCCAGGUUUCCACGACUGUUACACGUCCGUUCGUUGCUAGGGAACACUGGAACGAACGGUCGUAUUUAUCGUAGUUUUUUCUAACAGGCUCCGCCUACUUCCGUUUGCGACGUCAGACAGACGGGCACAGUAUUGUGGAGACAUGAAGGUGCGAGGUGAGAAAAGCAAGUCAACAGCUAAGAGAAUGCAAAAUACUGAUGAAAGGAGAGAUGCAGGUGUGAAAGAUGGGGGGGACAGAAGGCCUACUGCUGAGGAUGACGGUGGCAGGAGAAAGGCUACAGCUAUGUCCAAACAGGAGAUGGUGCACAUGGUAUCCAUUAUGGAAAAAAAAGAUUACGAUUGUAAAAGUGGAGAGUAUUCCAGGCCCAAUACAAGGAAAAAUCAUAUCCUGGAUAUAGUAAUCCACGGGCUUGAGAGGAAGUUUGGCGUUAGCAGAUCGAAAGAUCAGCUCCGCAAAAGGUGGUCAGAUUUAAAACUGAGAGAAAGAGACCAACUGGAAACCAUUAGGCGGAUCAUUAAAAAAAAAGACAAGCGUAAAAAAUUGCUGCAAACCCAUCGCAAUCAUAGACGGUGUGCCUCUUCUUCUGCAUCUUCUUCUAUGCGGAAGCCUCAGAUUCCGGUGCCUGGUGCCAGUGAGAAGGAUGAUGAUGUAGAGACGGACCAUAAUGAGUCUGAUGAGCAUGGUCAUAAGAGCCAGGAAAUAGAAAGCACGGGAAUAGAAAGGCAGGAAAUAGAAAGCAAUGAGCCAGAUAUCGAGCCACAAUCCAGCGAUACCUCAGACGUUAAAGAAAUCCAUGAGGAAACAUUCUGUGACACUGCACCUAGCAGCCCGUGCAUCCUAGUUAGCAGUACAGAAGAAAGUAUGGCAGCGCAAAAUGUGUUGUACCUUUGUAUUGCGGAACAGCCAGACCUUGAGACUCCAAAGGAGAUUUCCAAUACAGAAAUCAACCAAGGGCCAGAUCCGAACAAUCCCAAUGUUGUGGAAGAUAUACAAAAAUGCAAAAUACUGUUGGCAACCAUAAAACAAUCUGUCAAAGUAAUAGAAACAACACUUGAAAGCAUAUGCCAAAAGGUUUGCAAUACUGGUGAAUAGUAUUGUUCUUCUUGUGCCUCUUCUUCAAAGACAAGCGUUGCUAGUAUUUUCAGAUGUUUUCCAAUUUUAAAUGUUUUUCUUAAAUACAACACUCAAAUUGCAGUUACUAUCUGAUAGAUAUGCCAAUAGGUUUGCAAUACUGGUGAAUAGUAUUGUUCUUCUUGUGCCUCUUCUUCAAAGACAAGUGUUGCUAGUAUU